GUCUCCCUCUUCCUCCUCCUCCUCCUCCUCCUCCUCCUCCAAACCCUCGUUCUCUUCUCUCUCUCUCUUCUCCUUCCCCUUCCCCUUCUCCGCGAGGAGGGGGGGGGAUCGCGUGGAUCGGCUCGAGAGAUCCCCAUGAAGGCGCUUCGCCGAGGGUUUUGAUCCCGCCUUGCCCCGCGACUUCGAUCGGGAGAGGGGGCGGAGAUGAGUACGGGGAGGCGGACGAUGCGGGACUUGGCGGAGGAGGCGAAGAAGCGCAUCGUGCUCCUCCUCAUAUGCGUCUUCGGCCUCUCCUAUCUCAUGUCGCUGACGAGCUCCUCAGUUUGGAUUAACCUGCCUGCUGCCGCUUCCUUGAUCAUUUUUUGUCGUUAUAUGCUACUCGACCUUGAUAUUCGAAGAAAGACUAUACCAUGUAACACAGAUUCCUUGGUUGAUCAAUCUGUGAAAAGGAAAUCACUUGAACUUCGCGAAUUUUCUUUGGACAAGUCGGAAAAGUCAGAGUGGAGAAAGAAGGUGAAUUCCCUAGCAGUUGAAGCAGCAAUUGAGCAGUUUACAAGACACUUAGUUUCUGAGUGGAUAACUGAUCUUUGGUACUCCCGUAUAACACCUGAUAAAGAUGCUCCAGAAGAACUAGUAAAUAUUAUGAACAAUGUCCUUGGAGAAAUUUCAAGUCGUGCGAGGGAUGUAAAUCUUAUCAACCUUCUCACCAGGGAUAUCAUCAAUCUCAUAUGUAGGCAAUUAGAGCUUUACUAUUUCUGCCAAGCUAAGAUUGGGAAGCAGAACUUUGUAAAUCUAUCAGUUGAUAGCCGCGAUGCUGAACUCAAACUAGUCCUCGCAGCUGAAAACAAGUUGCACCCAGCUUUGUUUUCGUUCCAUGCUGAACACAAGGUUUUGCAGCAGUUUGCCAACGGGCUUAUCUCUAUUACUCUAAAGCCUGAAGAUCUACAAUGCUCUUUCUUCAGAUAUACUGCUAGAGAACUUCUAGCAUGUGCAGUUCUCAGACCUGUUCUAAACUUAGCUAACCCAAGAUUUAUCAAUGAACGGAUUGAAGCUUUGGCUCUUUCUUAUGCCAACAAGUCUGCAAAAAGAACGACAACAUCGGCAGAAGAGUCAUCUGUAGCCAAGCAAAAUGGGCCUCCUAUGCCAUCAGCAGACCAAAUUGCCGCGUUAAUGGAUCGCUCGAGUCCGGGAGUUGAACUCGUGCAGCUUAGGCACGACCAAUCCAAAACAGAUGUGCCUAAGAGCAAUAAUCAGCUGUCUUCAACUACCAGUUUAUCCCUAGAUACUCAAAAUAUUAGCGGAAAGAAGAAUGGAAUACACAGUUCUGGCAGUGAGUGGGCACAAGCAUUGGAUAUAUUUUCGAAAAGGAAGAGUCAAGCUCUUGCACCGGAGCAUCUGGACAAUAUUUGGGCUAAAGGAAGAAAUUACAAAAAGAAGGAAAGCACUAAUCAAGUGACGAAACGACCUGCGCAGAACAUAUCUACUGGCAAUACUCACACUGCUCAUCCUCCUGUGUUGCCGUAUAAUAGUUCGAUACAAUACCACAAGCACAAUGCCACUAUACAUACUGAAAUUCCAUCUCCACAUGAUAUUUCUAAUGGCUUAAAUCACGAUACAAAUAUUUCAUACCAAGAAAGAGAAGAGAACAAUAAUGAAGAGGUUGGACCAGACAGUGAGAGUUCUUAUCCUACUGAUGAUGAGAACAGUACCGUGAUGGGUCUUGAUUCUCCUGGAACGAGAGUCUGGGAAAGCAAAAGUAGAGGAAAUAUUGGCUCAUCACACAUCCGGCAUCCUCUAGAAGCUUCUGAUUUCCGUGACCCGAAGAAGAGUGGCAAAAGCCAUGCUCGCAAUCCGUGGACAAUGAGAACCUCAUCAGGAAGAAAAAGGUCUAGGUCGAGCAGGCUGAAGGUACCAUUGUGGCAAGAGGUUGAAAGAACCUCUUUCUUGACUGGAGAUGGUCAGGAUAUACUUAAUCCAGCAAAAGGUAAUUCAAGAACAGAGGACCUGAGCUAUGACCCUGAGAUGGAAGCUUUGGAUAGAACUUUUAGCGGAGCAGAUGCCUCUUCUUUAUCAUCCUUUUCAGCUUCCGAGUCAUCUUAUUCGUUGAAAUAUCCCGACAACAAUGUCUUGGCCGAUUCUUUUAUAAAGUUAAGAUGUGAGGUAAUAGGGGCCAAUAUUGUGAAGAGUGGUUCGGGAAUGUUUGCUGUUUAUUCCAUUGCUGUGACGGAUGCAAACAGCAAUAGCUGGUCCAUCAAAAGGAGAUUUCGUCAUUUUGAGGACCUACAUCGGCGUUUGAAGGAAUUUCCAGAAUAUAAUCUUAGCUUACCUCCAAAACAUUUCCUGUCAUCUGGACUAGAGGUUCCUGUUGUUCAAGAAAGAUGUAAAUUGCUCGACAUUUAUUUAAAGAAGCUUCUUCAAAUUCCUACUGUAUCAGGUUCUAUAGAAGUCUGGGAUUUCCUAAGUGUCGAUUCACAGACAUACAUGUUCACUGAUUCCCUCUCCAUCGUGCAAACUUUGUCUGUUGCCUUGGAUGAUAAGCCAUAUGAGAAGGGUGCAAAGAUUUCCAGUUCGACUGAGGAUUUGAACACUUAUUUAUCUUCCAUAGGACAGAAUCUGAACGCAAGUAAAGAAGAUGCUAUAAGAAUGAAUAAGAACUACAAUGAAUCUGAUGGUUUUAAAUUGUGGAAAGGAAACUUGGAACAAAACACAGGAAUGAAUCCUAAAAAAGAAUAUCCAAAGUUAUACCAAGAUAAUGUAGGGAGUGAUUCUGAAAGCAGAAACAAUAUUUUUUCGUCCAAUAACUCAGGCAAACCUAAGAAAGUUCUCUCUGAAGAAAAUAAUAGUCCACAAGAGGCUCCUCAGAUUGUUGAAAAUAUGGGGAAUUCAGGGGAUUCAAUUACACCUACUGAAUGGACGCCUCCAAAUCUUAGUGUCCCCAUAUUGAAUUUGGUUGAUGUCAUUUUUCAGCUUCAUGAUGGUGGCUGGAUCAGGCGUCAAGCAUUUUGGGUAGCAAAGCAGCUAUUACAAUUGGGAAUGGGCGACGCGUUUGAUGACUGGCUUAUUGAGAAAAUCCAGUUUCUUAGAAAAGGAGCAGUAAUUGCUUCUGCAAUAAACCGUGUUGAGCAAAUUCUCUGGCCUGAUGGAAUUUUCAUAACAAAGCAUCCUAAACGAAGACCUGCAACAACAGUUUCUUCUUCAGAUGCUCCAGCCAAUGGCAUGAAGGGAAACAUAUUGACUGAGGAACAACAGCUAGAGGCUUCUCGUCGUGCAAAAUUUGUCCGCGAAUUGAUAGUUGAGAAGGCGCCUGCUGCUCUUGUAAGUCUUGUGGGCAGAAAGGAGUACGAAAGAUGUGCUCACGAUAUAUAUUUCUUUCUUCAGUCCCCUGUUUGUUUAAAGCAGCUUGCCUUCGAACUCCUAGAGCUACUACUCCUAGCAGCAUUCCCAGAACUGGACGACAUUGUACGGCAAAUUCAUGAAGAAAAAGAGCAGUUUGGGCCGGUGGGGUAAUUGACGACGUAGAAUGAACCCUAACAUCCUUCAUGGUUCAUCAAUCAUAUCUAUUGCAGGAGUUGUUAUAAUGAUUGGGUUAUCAAAUAGUGGGUUCUUGGUAGUAUUGCAACUGGAACCGGACCCGAAAUGAUAAUGUGUGCGCGAUGAGUUGAGUGAGUUUCUUGUGAAUACGGAAGUGUCGGCGUGCAAUUUGGUGUCCCGAGCCCUGUAUGCGGAGGUAUUUUCUUGGCAUGUCUUUUUUCCCCCUCUUUUAUCUUUUUUUGGUAUAUAAUUUUGAUAGGUUCAUGGAAAGCUCCCGGUUUUAGCAGCGACUUGCUGUAUAGUGGAUUUUUUUUGUUUUUUCGUUUCUUUAUUAUUUUUUUCUUUCUUUUCACACUUCAUCAAUGUAAUCAACAAACGGCUUUAUGAAUAGAGAGGUUUUCUGCUUCA